CCAUAGGGCCAUGCUGAAGCGCCGAUGAAAUGCGCAGGCGUCAGGCUGAGGCCGUCCCUGAGUUUCACGCAUGCGCGCAGUACACAGAAGCCUUUGAAAACGUCGGUUGCAGGUUAAAAAUGACAAGGAAUUUCUCUACGGGAAUCUCGAACACAACACGCCAGAUUUGCUGUCUUUGUCCAGAUAUUUAAGAAGCGGAGCAAGGGAAUCACUCGAUCAUCCUUCCUGCUCAGACUGUGGGGAGGGAUUCACUCGAUCAUCCUUCCUGCUCAGACUGUGGGGAGGGAUUCACUCAAUUGUCCGACCGACUGGCACGCCUGUCAUUUUACAAAGGGGGAGCCCAUUCCCCUGCUCAGACAGUGGGAAUGGAUUCAGUCGGUCUUCUCAACUAAAGGUACAUCAGCAAGUUCACACUGGGCAAGGCCACUCACCUGUUCUGUGAUUGAGAAGCGAUUCAGUUGGUCAACCCACACGUGGACACACCAGUCAGUUCACACUGGGCAGAGGCUGGUCAUCCACUGAAUUUGUGGGGAAGGAUUCACUCGGUCAUCUGUCCUAAUGGCUCACCAGAGAGUUCACACUGGGAAGCGGCCAUUCACCUGCUCGGACUGUGGGAAGGGAUUCACAUACUCAUCUAAACUGAAGGUACAUCAGCGAGUUCACACUGGGUAUAAGCCAUUCACCUGCUCAGAAUGUGGGAAAGGAUUCGCUCAGUCAUCCGAACUACGGAGUCAUGAACGAGUUCACACUGGGGAGAAGCCGUUCAGCUGCUCAGUCUGUGGGAAGAGUUUCACUUUGUCAUCUCUCCUACUGAGGCACCAGUCAGUUCACACUGGGGAGAGGCCAUUCACCUGCUCAGACUGUGGGAAGGGAUUCACUCGAUCAUUCUCCCUACAGAGACACCAGUCAGUUCACACUGGGGAGAAGCCAUUCAGCUGCUCAGACUGUGGGAGGUAUUCACUGAGUCAUCCCACCUACUGGUACACCAGUCAGUUCACACUGGAGAGAGGCCAUUCACCUGCUCAAUCUGUGGGAAGGGAUUCAUUCAGUCAUCUCAUCUACAGAUACACCAGCGAGUUCACACUGGGGAGAGGCCGUUCACCUGCUCAGUCUGUGGGAAGGGAUUCACUCGGUCAUCCCACCUACAAGCACACCAGUCAGUUCACCCUGGAGAGAGGCCAUUCACCUGCUCAGUCUGCGGGAAGGGAUUCACUCGGUCAUCCACCCUACAGAGUCACCUGCAAGUUCACCCUGGAGAGAGGCCAUUCACCUGCUCAGACAUUGGGAAAAGAUUCAGCCAAAUCCAAUGAAUGUGCAUCGUUGAGUUCACACUGGGGAGAAAGUUUCGAUAAGCUGCAUGCUGGAUAAUUGUCCAUCUCUGUUGCUGAAUGCAAUUUCAAGAGUGACUGUUGGUGCUGAACUCUGCAAUUAUUGCUGCUGCUCACCACACCCAGUUCUGCACCCUGGUCACUGGACAUGGGAGGAGUUUCUUCUGCUGCACAUUCACCUUUAAUGGGACUGGUGUUUAGUACUCUGGAUCUGAGAGAAAUAAAUCCGUUAAUUUUAAACUCUGUCUUUGGUAAUUAAUUGAACUUAUAACACACCUAGUAUACAGUAGAGAGUCAACGUAGGCCAGCUUACCCUGCCAGUGAUUCAUUUCUAUGACAGUCCUAAUAAAUCUUCCCCUGUUGUUCAUCUCUCACUCUCCCUGUGGUGAUGGGUUCCAAACAGUCACAACUCUGUGGGUGAAGAGGUUUCCCUUGAAUUUUCUGCAGACUGAAGAAGUGGAGCUGACUGCAGCUCUGUCUGAGAUGUUCUUCACCCCUCCAAUCUCUGGGCUGAGGAAGAAUGACAUUGUUAGUUAACCUCCUUUAUCACGAUUCAUUUCCACAUUAUUGGUCACUUUCCCUGCUUCUGAAGUGUUGUUGAAAGCACCACUGUCCUCUAAAAUUGACAAUAGACAAUAGGUGCAGAAUUAGACCAUUCAGCCCCUCGAGUCUGCACCGCCAUUCUGAGGUCAUGGCUGAUCAUUCACUAUCAAUACCCAGUCCCUGCCUUGUCCCCAUAUCCCUUGAUUCCCCUAUCCAUCAAUACCUAUCUAGCUCCUUCUUGAAAGCAUCCAGAGAAUUGGCCUCCACCGUCUUCCGAGGCAGUGCAUUCCACACCUCCACGACUCUCUGGGAGAAGAAGCUCUUCCUCAACUCUGUUUUAAAUAACUGACCUCUUAUUCUCAAUCCAUGCCCUCUGGUACUGGACUCUCCCAACAUCUGGAACAUAUUUCCUGCCUCAAUCCUAUCAAAUCCUUUAAUUAUCUUAAACGUUUCAAUCAGAUCCCCUCUCAAUCUCCUCAGUUCCAGUGUGUAUAAGCCAAAUCACUCCAAUCUCUCUGCGUAAGACAGCCCUGCCAUCCCAGGAAUCAACGCUGCACUUCCUUAAUUGCCAGAAUGUCCUUCCUUAAACCUGGAGACCAAAACUGUACACAAUAUUCCAGGUGUGGUCUCACCAGGGCCCUGUACAAAUGCAAAAGGACAUCCUUGCUCUUGUACUCAAUUCCCCUUGUAAUAAAGGCCAACAUUCCAUUUGCCCUCUUCACUGCCUGUUGCACUUGCUCAUUCACCUUCAUUGACAGAUCAACUAGGACUCCUAGGUCACUUUGCAUUUCUCCCUUACCUAACUCUACACCGUUCAGACAAUACUCUGCCCUCUUGUUCCUGCUUCCAAAAUGGAUAACUUAAGAUUUAUUCACAUUGGAUGACAUCUGCCAAGUAUCUGCCCACUCACCCAGCCUAUCCAAGUCUCCCUGUAUUCUCCUAACGUCCUCUUCGCAUGUCACACUGCCACCCAGUUUAGUAUCAUCAGCAAACUUGCUGAUAUAGUUUUCAAUGCCCUCAUCUAAAUUCUUGACAUAAAUCGUAAGGAGCUGUGGUCCCAAUACAGAGCCCUGUGGUACCCCACUAGUCACCUCCAGCCAGUCCGAGAAACACCCAUUCACUGCUACCCUUUGCUUUCUAUCUGCCAACCAGUUUUCUAUCCAUGUUGAAACCCUGCCCCCAAUGCCAUGAGCUCUGAUUUUACUCACCAAUCUCCUAUGUGGCACCUUAUCGAAUGCCUUCUGAAAAUCUAGGUACACUACAUCCACUGGCUUACCCUCGUCCAACAUCCUUGUUACACCCUCAAAAAACUCCAACAGAUUAGUCAAGCAUGAUUUGCCCGUUUUCUCCUUCCCUCCCUUCUUGAAAAGAGAUUGAAAGCAGAAUGGGAAACCAUUAGUUGGAUGUUCAACGAAGCUGGGUCAGAAACCAGAGGUGGGUCUGCACAGGCAGAGUUUGAGGCUCUAGACGAUGGUCCAGGUAAGAACGUGUGAUGAGGAGAAGGGAAUCAGCAGUGGGGCAUGGUAACAAUUGACAGAGUAGCAACAUUUGGAAUCUGAUGACAGAGAAAAUAUUUUGUUUGUCUGACUGAUGACACAAACAACGCCUGUGGUGAGGUGCUCCACUGGUCGAGGAAUAUGUGUGUGUUGGGAAUGGUUUUAUCUAUUGAGAGAGUUGUUUCUGCUUGUUUAUCCUGUAAUAUUAUAUCCGGAUGGUUAUUGUGGAUUGUCCUAUCUGAAAUAAUGUAUUGAUUAUCAUAUAAUCUGUAAGAUUUUGACUCUAAAACUGUAUCAGGCUUCAAUUUAUGCUGCCUUUAUGAAGUGAUGGAGGACAUUCAUGUGUUUGUAUUUCUAAGCAAUAUUUUUGUGAAUGAUAUCUGCCACUUGUUUGUACCUUUGUAAGUAAUCAGAUUGAGUUAAACUCUUGCAGGAUCCUGGAGUGCGUUGGACUGUGUCUGGUUUCUCUUGGCAUUUUCUGCACUUACUGCCUUGUUUGUUCGUAUUUCAAGUAUUUCUCAUUUUUUUUUCUCUCUUUCUUUUGUUAACAACAUUGUCCUGUAUUUCUGCAAGGAACCCCUCUGUUUCUGGGAAGAAGUCGCCAACUCUCAGUCAGGCGCUCGAUGCUUCCUUGUCACCAUCUAGUCUGCUCAGAUUGUUGGGAUGUCUCCCAUGGAGGGUCAUUCUCUUUCCGUUUGUUAAUGUUUUCUUCCAUAGUGAUGACUCAUUUUUCUGAGUUGGCCUCUCAUUGAAGUUUUCUGGUCUGUAUUUCUAUUCACGAUUGCAUGUACACACAUGGAGUGCUGUAUCCUGUUCAUUUUUGAUGAAAAUAUAUACUUAGAGGUUU